AACAAGUGUGUGUGUGUGUAUGUGUGGCAUCCAGAGAUACGCACGAGCGGCAUAAUCUAGUCCUCCAGAGCCAGCCUUUUGUGGCCCCAGAAGACAGACAAGAUGGGCAUUGCCUUGAUGUUCCUGCUGGCGCUCUACCAGAUGCAGUCGGCCAUCCACAGCGAGAUCAUUGAGUCGCCCAAUUUCGGUUCGAAUGCCCUGCUGGAGUCAGACACGGAUGCGGAUCAGGGCUCCAGUUUUCAGACGGGCCAUAGGGAAAUCCUUCAAGAUGCCGAAGAGAAGCCGGAUCAAACAGAACAGGAGUUUCGGUAUCCCAUCUCGGCCAUAGGCAUCGACUAUGCCAGGAAUUCGGUGAUUCUGCGUUUCCAGAAGCACGGCCGAAGGCAGCGCCUCAAGUACGAUCCGGAGCUGGAGGCCAAGCGUAGGUCCCUGCAGGAUAACUUCAUGCACUUUGGCAAGCGGCAGGAGGAGCAGAUGCCUCCAGACGAAAGCUAUGGCUCUGAUGGGGAAGAGGGUAUGGUGAAGCGGUCUGACAUGGAUCGCUAUAGUCGCGAUCCCAAGCAGGAUUUUAUGCGAUUCGGUAGGGAUCCGAAGCAGGACUUUAUGCGCUUCGGCCGGGAUCCGAAACAGGACUUUAUGCGUUUCGGCCGGGAUCCCUCUGAUUUUAUGCGGUUUGGAAGGGCUCCAUCUGAUUUUAUGCGGUUUGGCCGGACCCCCUCGGACUUUAUGCGAUUCGGCAGGACUCCAUCGGACUUCAUGCGCUUUGGACGGUCGGACAACUUCAUGAGACUCGGACGCAGUCCUCACGAGGAGCUGCGAAGUCCCAAGCAGGACUUCAUGCGGUUCGGCCGGCCAGACAACUUUAUGCGAUUCGGACGCUCUGCUCCCCCAGAGUUUGAGCGCUAUGGCAAGAUGGACUCGAACUUCAUGCGCUUUGGAAAGAGCGCCAAUCCGGCUGCCCCACCCGCUUCAGGAGCUCCCGAGUCGAACCAGACAAAGUCGCAGCCAGCCAGCAACCAGCCCGGCGAACGGAGUCCCGUGGACAAGGCCAUGACUAUUCUGUUCAGGAAACAGGAACAACAGCGGCAGUCCAAGAGCGGCGAACAGACCGAACACACAGCUGAGGGUGGGAGCGUGGAACAAGAACAGUUCUACGGUCAGUAGAGAAACACCCCUACCAUAGUUCUCAUCCAUGUAAAUAUUAUCUGACAAGACCACGCUCGGAAUGUAAUGAUUAUGAUAUGAAAUGUAUUGAAAUAUAGAACUCUUAAAAUACGUAUUGCCCUCUUCCCUCGUCAAACUCUUGAUAAACGCCUAGGGUGUGAAUUUUUAAUGGGGCUGGAUUAAAAAUUCACCACGCUUUGAUCUGAUCAAAUUAAAAGUUGACACUCCACAAAUACUACAUAUAAAUACACACUUAAUCGAAUAUA